UUGGAUCCAGGGGCCCCGCCUACCUGAUGCCCUGGCCGGGCGGACCGCAUGGAGCGAGCACUUCCGCUGGUUUCGCGCACUUCCGGCUGCGUGGGACCAAUGAGAGCGCUGUCGCGGUGUUCCCUGUGCUGGCGUCCGGGCCGAGGUUGUCUCCUGGAGGACUAGGGCCGUUUGGCCUUCAAGGCCUGACCACAUCAGUAUCAGAGGAUUGCAUUUAGGCCAACAACCCCAUCUUCUCCCCAUGGACACAUCCAAGAAGACAGAGGUGGUUCUCCUGGCCUGUGGCUCUUUUAACCCAAUCACCAACAUGCACCUCAGGCUGUUCGAGCUGGCCAAGGACUAUAUGAAUGCUACAGGAAAAUACAGAGUUAUCAAAGGUAUCAUCUCACCAGUCGGUGAUGCAUACAAGAAGAAAGGACUCAUCCCUGCCCACCACCGAAUCAUCAUGGCAGAACUUGCCACCAAGAACUCAAACUGGGUGGAAGUGGACACGUGGGAAAGUCUUCAGAAGGAGUGGGUGGAGACUGUAAAGGUGCUCAGACACCAUCAAGAGAAGCUGGCAACUGGCAGCUGCAGUCACCCACAAAGCUCACCUGUGCUGGAAAGGCCUGGGCGGAAGAGGAGGUGGGCUGACCAAAAGCAGGAUUCUAACCCACAGAAGCCCCAGGAGCCCAAACCAGCAGGUGUGCCCAGGGUGACACUGCUGUGUGGGGCAGAUUUACUGGAAUCCUUCAGCGUGCCCAACUUGUGGAAGAUGGAGGACAUCACGCAAAUCGUGUCCAACUUUGGGCUCAUCUGUGUCACCCGGGCUGGCAGUGAUGCUGAGAAAUUCAUCUACGAGUCCGACGUGCUGUGGAGACAUCAGAGCAACAUCCAUCUGGUGAACGAGUGGAUCACCAAUGACAUCUCAUCCACCAAGAUCCGGAGGGCGCUCAGAAGGGGCCAGAGCAUCCGCUACUUGGUACCAGACCUUGUCCAAGAGUACAUCGAGGAGCAUGACUUGUACAACGCCGAGAGUGAGGACAGAAAUGCUGGGGUCAUCCUGGCUCCUCUGCAGAGGAACACCGCAGAGGCUAAGCACGGCCAUCCCACGCUGUGAUACUGUGCACUGCCUCAGAUCCUCUUCUGGAGACUCAAAACAAUUUGGUGUUAGUAACUCAGGGAAGGACUUGCCAUCCUGUUUCAUAAAUUGAAAUUUAAAGGUUUGAUUUAAAACCAACAAGGAAUUAAGAUCAGUGACUGAGAUGAAUGUUUUAAAUAAGACCAUUAAAAAAAAAAGAAUGUACUUCACCCUUAAAAUAACACUUUAGUGAAAUGUUAAUGAUGCUAGCUCUAAAUAAAAUUUUUCAAGAAAGGACCCCACGCUCUGCCACACAGGAGAAGCAAAUGUGAAAAGCAAGUUUACUCAAAAGCCACACUUUAGGGCUGGAGGGACAGUUCCGAGGUUAAGAGCACAGACUGCCCUUCUGGAGGACCCAGAGUCAGCUCCUAGCACCCGCAGCUCACAACUGUCUGUAACUCCAGUAUCAGGGGAUAUGAUACCCUCUCUGUCCUCUGUGGGGUCUAGGCACACAUAUGGUGCAUAGGCAUACAUAUAGGCAAAAGACACACACACACACACACACACACACACACACACACACAUACACACACACACACACACACAUACACACAUACACACACACACAUACACACACACACACACACACACACAUACACACACACACACACAUACACACACACAUACACACAUACACACACACAUACACACAUACACACACACACAUACACACACACACAUACACACACACACACACACAUACACACAUACACACACACACAUACACACACACACAUACACACACACACACACACACACACACAUACACACACACACACACACAUACACACACAUACACACACACAUACACACACACACAUACACACACACACACAUACACACAUACACACACACACACACACACAUACACACACACACACAUACACACAUACACACACACACAUACACACACACACAUACACACACACACAUACACACAUACACACACAUACACACACACACAUACACACAUACACACACACAUACACACAUACACACACACACACACACACAUACACACAUACACACACAAAGAAAAAGAAAGGAAGAACAACCUCACUUUAACCAGGCUCAGUGAUGCCCACCUGCAGCACCAGGAGCUGAGCUGAGGUAGGAGAAUCACUUUGAACCCAAGAAUCUGAGAUGAUUCUAGACAACAUGGACCCUUUCUAAAAAAAAAAUUUAAAAAGUAAAAAAAUAAAAAUAAAAAAAACCAGAAUCUUAGCUUUAGUUAUAAAGAGAACUGACAUACUGACAUGUUGUUCGUGCUUGGUGCCAGCCAUCUUUAUCCAGAAUACACAAAGGAAGGAAUUUUUUAAAACCUGACCUUUGGGGAUAGGCACUGGCCUAGCAGGCCUGAGGCCCUGGGUUAGAUCACCAGAAGCACAUAAACUGGCCACGGCAGUGCACACUGUAAUCCUGGUCCUGGAAAGAUGGAUUCAGAAGCAUCCAAAGCUCAAGGUUAUCCUUGACAGUCCUCAAGUGUGAGGCCAUCAAGGGAUGCUCACUGAAGACCCUGAGUCUAAAACAAAUAAAUAAAUGAUCCUGUAAAAUGCACCAAUAACGGCUCCUCUCUGUUGUUUUUAAGGCAAAAUCCCAGUUACCGGUUUUACCAAAUGAAGACUCAGGAGUCAGAUGCUGGGGUGAAAGCCUGC